AUGGAGCGCGUCGGCGCCACCGCGGCCGCCGCGACGGCUGUCGCCCGCUGCACCCGCCGUGUUCGCGCCCCGUUGGACCACCUCAUCGUGAGCCCGUCUGACCCCGACCAGGUUGUGACGGCGAUACGCACGACGGACGCCGCCAUUGUCACGUGGUACAUGCCGCUGGGGGACCUGCAGCGUGUGCUGCAUCGGCGCUACGAGGCAGAGCAGUUUGGCGAGCUGACGCUUCCGUCAACGACCGCGGCGUCUUCCUCGACGGCGCGGCAAUCGCCCAGCGCAGGCGCGACGGAUGCGUCCAGCGCCGCGGAUGGGACAGUUCCGCUCGGUUUUGUCACCCUCAUUGCGGGGAUGAACUACCCAUUGAGGCAGACGUGGCUAGAGCGCUGCCUCGACCCCGCGCCGCAUCCCACACUGAGCCUUCGUGUCGCCGUGGUGGACCGUAUUCACUGGCAGCGCACGGCAUGGAUGGCAAAUUCCAUCUGCCGGAGCAUCUGUUGGGGGAGGCUGCCGCAGAAAAUUUUCUCCAUCAACCUCGACUGGCGGAAUGGCGUGGGCAUUGAUGCCACCUUUGACGCCGCGGCGGAUCGCUACACCACACCCUACGAACUGCGUGUUCCUGGCCUUGGCUUUUGCCUGACGCUGCGGGAUACGGGGAAGACCCUCUUUGACCCGACGUCGCGGGUGGUGGACGGGUUUCUUGACAAUGAAAGUGCGCUGCACCGCCUGGCGCUGGCCCGCGAAGUCAACAUGCACGGCCUCGGUGGGUCCGUUUACCGACAGAUGCUCUGGAGCACCCCCUCGUUGCCGAACAUUGCUGAGGUCGUGCGCUUUGACCCUGGCACACUUUUCAAGCGAUGCUUCGGCGUAGACCCUCCCGUGGCAAAGCCUGUGGCGGCGUGGCUGUUGCAGGAGGUGGAGAAGACACUCCUGUACAAAAUGGAGGGUGAGGUGGAGGACGAGAAUGACCCCAACAGUGCCACGACGUACGGCGACCGCUCACUCACCGAGCGUGUGCAGAAGAAGGCGAUGAACCGCUACAACGGCUUCCGUGAUGAGGUGCGUGGAAAGGUUUACAGCGACAUUGACGGGAAGGAGCUCCCGCGGUAA